AUGACAGACGAAAAGCAUGUCGACUUCGAUGGCCCGGAUGAUCCUCUUAAUCCCCUCAACUGGCCCAUGAGGAAAAGGGUCUAUAUCUCGGCAAUACUGGGUCUCAGCACAAUGGUCGUCGCCUUUGCAAGCAGUAUCUUCUCCGCCGCCAUGCCCUCAGUGAUGCAACUAUAUGGUAUCAGCCGGGAGGUAUGCACCCUCGGUAUAUCACUCUACGUCUUCGGAUUCGCAUUCGGUCCAUUGUUCUUUGGUCCCUUCUCGGAGGUCAAGGGCAGAUACAUGCCUCUUGUAAUCUCAAUGUUCGGCUUCACGAUAUUCUCGUUUGCAACCGCCGUCUCCAAGGACCUCCCUUCCCUCUUCAUCCUUCGAUAUUUCACUGGAUUCUUUGGCUCUGGUCCGCUCACGCUCGCCGGAGCAUCGUUCGCAGAUAUGUUCUCGCCGCAGCAGCGGGGGAUUGCCAUGGUCAUGUUCUGCUUGAUGGUGUUCAUUGGUCCUCUCGCUGCCCCAUUUGUGGGAGGCUUCACGGUAAUGAACCCCUCGCUGGGCUGGCGCUGGACGGCCUAUAUUCCGGGCAUUCUAGGAGGGGCCGUGCUCCUGCUUCUCGUCGUCUUCCUCGAGGAGACCUACCAGCCCGUGAUCCUGGCGCAAAAAGCCGACAGAUUGCGCCGCGAAACUGGCAACUGGUCACUCCACGCCAAACACGAGGAGCUGCGUCUUGAUCCUAGGUCCAUACUGACCGAGUACCUCGCCCUGCCACUGAAGAUGCUCGUUCUCGACCCGAUCGUCACGUGCAUGUGCGUCUUCGCAUCUUUCGUGUACGGUCUGCUUUAUCUCUUCCUGACCGCAUACCCCAUUAUCUUCCAGAAGAUUCAUGGUAUGAACCCAGGUGUGGGUGGGUUGCCCUACCUGGGGGUUAUUGUCGGUCAGCUCCUAGGCGCCGUCGGCAUCGCAGCGACCCAGCCCUGGAUUCUGCGCAAGCUGAAGCAAACCGGUGGCGUGAUGAUGCCAGAGUGGCGUCUUCCUGUGGCUAUUCCAGGUGCAGUCGCAUUCUCUGCGGGGCUCUUCUGGCUGGGAUGGUCGGGAUACAAGCAGAGCAUCCACUGGAUUGUGCCGACUCUGUCGGGCCUGCUGACGGGAUUUGGAUUGUUGACCAUGUUUCUUCCCUCGCUUGCUUAUCUGGUCGAGGCCCGUCCUCAGAAAGCGGCAUCAGCUGUUGCUGCACACACGUUCCUGCGGUCGGUCGCGGGAGGCGUCUUCCCACUAUUUGCAACAUAUAUGUUUGAUGGAUUAGGUGUGGAAUGGGCCUGCACACUGCUUGGAUGUGUGGGAGCAUUGAUGAUCCCUAUCCCUCUGUUGCUUUAUAUUUAUGGAGCACGAAUUCGCAGCAAAAGCAGAAUGGCUGCUUGA